GUGCAACAGUGCCUAGAGAAAUCAAGCGCUAAAUAUGUCGACUCGGCAAAAUCAGACAUUCUUGGUGCCUUAGCUGAAUUCAAGGAUCUUCUUCCGGAUACAGAGAGUUACACAUUCCCAGAUGGUAAACGAAGAACGGCUUUCCGCUUACAUGGCACUAUUCCUGUGUUUUACAAGGGUGCUAGAUAUAAUAUUCCUAUAUCAGUGUAUCUAUGGGACACUCAUCCAUAUUAUGCACCGAUUUGUUACGUAUGUCCGACACCGACGAUGGUCAUACGUGAGUCAGAGCAUGUAACGAAGCAAGGACGCGUAUUUCUGCCAUACCUGAAUGAAUGGCGGUUCCCGGGUUAUGACUUGAACGGAUUAUUACAAGUAAGUGACUUUAUGAGAAUGCCUACCCAGAGACAUUAG